GUAGAAUCAUAUAUAUCCUUAUAAAUAUGGAAAUGGCGGUUGUGCAAAUCAACCAACGUUGUCUUCGUCAUCACCAUUACCAUCAUCAUCGUCGUCGUCUAUCAAAAGCUCAGACGGCCAUGUCACAUAUCACAGUUGAGAGGAACAGGAGAAGGCAGAUGAAUGACCAUCUCAAGAUUUUACGUUCCUUGACACCAUGUUUCUACAUCAAGAAGGGGGAUCAAGCAUCAAUCAUAGGUGGAGUAGUAGAAUUCAUAAAAGAGCUGCACCAAGUUCUUCAAUCCUUAGAGUCACAAAAGAGAAGGAAAAGCUUAAGCCCGAGUCCCGGUCCAAGCCCGAAGCAACUACAACAACCUAGCCCGAGCCCGCGUCAACUAGCAAACGCUAACAUUAUCGGUAACCACUCCUUUCAAUUCGACGGUGGGAAAGAGCUUGUGGCAUCAUGCAAUUCUCCAGUAGCUGACGUGGAAGCAAAGAUAUCGGGAUGUAACGUUGUGUUGAGGGUAAUAUCAAAGAGAAGUCAUGGACAACUACUUAGGAUUAUUACUACACUUGAGAAGCUUUCAUUUGAGGUCCUUCACUUGAAUAUUAGCAGCAUGGAUGACACUGUUCUUUACUAUUUCGUCGUCAAGAUAGGGCUAGAGUGUGAGCUGAGCAUGGAGGAACUAGCAGCUGAAGUUCAGCGAAGCUUUUGCACCAAUCACACCAUUACCAAUAAUAAUAUUACUGAGAUUUAGGGCAUAAUCGCAGAUUUAUUUAUGCAGCCUAGAAUAAUACAGAAUAUGAUCAAGAGCUUCUUUUUAGGUUAUACUUGUACUAGUAAUACUGUAGUAGAUUGUGGACUGUACAAUUGGUUGUAUCUUGCACAAGAUACACCCAGUUGUAUAAGGAUCACUAAAAUACUCCGUUGUUUUUUCACACAGAAACAGUCAAAUUCAAUCGCUUCAUUAUAAUACAUAAUAAUUUUUGUUCAA